UGAAAUGGUGUGUGGGGACGUGACUUUGAGCUUGUUGUGUCUCUUCGGCCCCACGCUGCGCUGCUUACCAUACGGGGCGGGGUGCCGCUCAGCCCGGCGCACAGCGCACAGCGCACCGUCACCAGCUGCUCUGCCUGCACCGUCUGACUGCACGACAUGGGUCUGGAAAAGGAGAAAUCGGACACCAGCAUAAUUAUGGACGAGGAUGAGUUCAACAGGUCGAUAGAACCCAUUCUGUCCAAGAAGGGGAAGGUGUACACGGCGGCGCCGGAUCGAGAUCCAAACGAUAUCAGCGCGCACUUGAAGGUUGGUUUUGAGGAUGUCAUCGCGGAGCCCAUCUCCACGCACAGCUUCGACACGGUGUGGAUUGGAAGCCACGCCGCGUUUGAGCUGCUUAAAUUCAUCCUUUACCGCCUGCUGACCACGCUGCUGGCCGUGCCCGUGGCUUUCAUCCUCGGACUGGUGUUCGGGCUGCUCAGCUGCAUCCACAUCUGGUUGGUGAUGCCGGCGAUCCAGAGCUUCCUGAUGCUCUUACCGUCGGCGCAGGUGGUGUGGAGGAGUCUGAUGGACGGGUUCGUAGCCCCGCUCUCGUACAGCAUGGCCAAGGCUCUGUCCUCCGUUCACGUGAAGACCACUGAGAACUGACGCAGACGCCUCCGUGUCCCCGCGCAGGAAGAAACCGAGGACAGAAACAAAAGGAGUGAACGUCGCUUGUGGUGGAACACAUGAGCUCUUCAUAAAGUGAAAUCCUGAAGAGUCCUGCACAAAGUGCUCAGGACUAUAGAGGCAUGAUAUAUUAAAAACAGUCAUUUUUUGAGCAUUUUCAGGGAAAAGACAACUUCAAAUCCAGGGAAAAUUUGGCGAAAAGUGGAAAUAUGUCAGUGUUUCAUUAGGCCUUGGUACAUACAGAAAUCCAGUCAUUAAAGGCUUUAAAAGAACAAUUGUUCAUUACCUGGAAAAAUAUUCCAUUUUUAAAUAAAAAAAAAAACAAAAAUCAAUUUUUCAAGUUACCCCAGUUUUAGUCUGAAUGCCUUUACGUCGUUCAAGCUGCAAAUACACACACACAUCCAAACACACGGUUUAUUAGUCGCAUCACUGGCAGGAAGUUAAAGGUUAUGGUUCUGUUUAUGAGGAGCUCAUGUGCACCACCAGGAUCGGAGGUGUUUCUCCGACUGUGACCAAAACAAAAUCUUGUCAUUCCGUUUGACUUCGUGGCUGAGAGAACCAGCUGGAGGCGUGUAAUGUUGUUGUUAAGAGGUGUAAUAUUUCUGCUUUUUUAUAUAUUGUAUAUAUUUCACAUAAUUCAGCUUGAAGUUGAAUGUAAUGAACUGAAUCAGAGCAGACAGAACUUUAGAUGAAUGCCAAGUGCUGAGAUGCAGCUUGUUGCACAUUCUGAGGCUUACUUUACCGUAACUGCUGUGUUGCUUUCACAAGGCAUCCGCAGUAAUACGCUGCUGUUUUAACGUGUUACUGAACCGUGUCAUAAAACGGGAUCGCAUAUCAUCUGAGCGGUGGCUUUCUAACGGGUUUGUAAUGCAGUGACCAGCUGUUUGACACGUCGUCCACUCACUGCAGUGUGGUGAAGGCGUGACGCACUGAGCUGACACUCUUUGUGGACUGCGCUGUGGAAUACAUCUACCUUUUUGGCAGUGGAUUUGAUAAAGUUUUAGGUAUAAGCCUGCGCAGUUCCCAGUUACUAUGAGCUGUACAGAGACAGUCAGAGGACAAGUUAUGGAGCACCCAUACUCCAGCUGAUUUGCGUGUGCUUCUCUGCUGUGCACUUUAACUUCCUUCAUUACAGCGUCAGGCCCACCUCUGAUAAACACAUACAGCAUGUUAGCAAACAGCUGCCAGCGUCCACAUCCAGCAGAUGCAGAGCAACGUUAACUCUGAUAUGGAGGGUUUCUGUCACCCUCUUCACCCCAACACAAACAUCUGGCUGUUUUCUGCCCGACAUCUGAGAGUAUCUCUGCUGUCACAUGAUCUCUGUGAAUGUGUGCUAACUGUGUGGCUUGGUGCUGGGCAUGCAGCGUCGCUUCAUCUAUGCUGGUGAGUUUGCAGAGAUUGAACCCUCCAAAGUGCAGCUAAGGAAAAGCAAUGAACUACAGGCAGCUAAAUAAAGGUAAAAAGAGCUGCGGAUUGGCUGCUAUUUCUCUUAUCAUAGUUUAUUACUGCCAGUGGCACAGUGCACAUAUAGCAUCUCCCCAGAGAACAGUGCAGUUAUGUCUGCAUUUUGGACAACUCAAAGCUAGCUGAGCUGCUCAGCUUCUUCAGUCGAGCGCAGAGAAUCAAACAGUCUUGUCCACAGUAACACAGUAUGACGUGAUGUUUUAUUUCCAGCUGACAAGUGAAGGCCAGCAGUCCUCUCACAGCUUUUUAUAAAAAUCCUUUCACUGAUGUUAGAGGGCUGACAAGCCACCAGCCGAUAUGCUUGUGUUUAGUUUUUCAGCUCUCAGAGGACAUUCGAGGUUGGGUUGUGCAAUAGCGGCGGCGCAGGUGUGUGGCUGAAGCUUUUUCUCUCCUCAGCAAUACGACCUGCCACGAAUGAACCUCAGCUCAGCCCAGCUAGUCUGCAAAAGUUACACACCCAUUUUAGGCAAAUAAAUCAUAACGUCACAUGCAUCCGUUAGUAAAAACACUACCUUCCUUUGUUUGCAUUUUAUUUUCUCAGUCAUGUCUAACUGUUACUAGUCACUUUGGAACUUUCUUUUCUUAACAAGCCAAAUAUGUUCUUCAUGACCAAAAUAAAGACAUUUUUCCUCCA